AUGGCCAACAAGUUCGUUCAUGAGAAUAUCGACGACUACGUCAAACUGGACAAAAUCGGCGAAGGAACCUAUGGAGUUGUAUACAAAGCGGAACACAAAGAAACUCAUCAGCUAGUGGCAAUCAAGAAAAUUCGUUUGGAAUUUGAGGACGAAGGUAUUCCUGCAACUGCGCUCAGGGAAAUUUCUAUGCUUCGUGAACUCGAUCACCCAAAUAUCGUCAAACUAAUUCGAGUCAGUAUUCAGGAAAGUCGCCUCUAUCUCAUUUUUGAAUUUGUCAUGAUGGAUCUUCGAAAAUUUCUUGACCUUCUUCCGGACGAAGGCUAUGUACCACCUCUUACAGUACAGCGUAUUGCUUUUCAAACUUGUCAAGCGAUCUGCUUCAUGCAUCAGCGCCGUAUCGUCCAUCGGGACUUGAAACCGCAAAAUCUUCUCGUCGAUGAGAACGGUAUCAUUAAAGUUGCUGAUUUUGGACUGUCCCGGUCGGUAAACGUACCAAUUCGGGUUUAUACUCAUGAGGUGGUUACCCUUUGGUACCGAGCCCCAGAAGUCCUCCUUGGAGCGAACCGUUACGCUGCAGCUAUAGACGUUUGGGCAAUUGGUUGUAUUCUUUCGGAAGUCGUUCAGAAAACACCGCUAUUCAGAGGCGAUUCGGAAAUUGACCAACUUUUUCGAAUUUUUAGGCUUCUCGGUACGCCAACCGAAAAACAAUGGCAAGGAGUUACGGCGUUGCCGCAAUUCAAAUCAAGAUUCCCUAAAUGGAAGGCGAGUCGGAUUGAAGAACAACUACGACCACAUGCGGACAACCGACUGAUCAAUCUGAUCGAAGCGAUGCUUCGGUACGAUCCAGCGCAACGUAUUUCGAUGAGAAGUGCAUUAUAUCAUCCAUAUUUCUACGAUGUAGACACCAGUACUGUGCCUGCGGGCAACUACCGUGGAGAACUAAUUAUUAGUUGA